AAAUGGUAACUAUUGACUCUUGGAAUAAAGCAUGCGCAGAGUCUAUUCAAAUUGCCAAGACAUCAUCAAAAGAUGUCUCUUCAGAAAAAUCAACAACUGGCAAAGAAUCAAUUGCCAUAUCUGGUAAAAUCAGUGAAUCAGAAAAAAAUAUUACUGGCAAUUUAACUAGCGACGUGGUUUCAGAAUUAGCGCCCGAAGAAAUUGCCUCUAAAUUGGCUCUAAUAGUUAAACAUUUACAGAAAAAGGACUAUCGAAAUUUAUUUUCUUGGCCGUGGACUGAUGUAUUUGCACCAGGGUUUAAAAAGUUGUUCCCUGAGCAGACGACAUUGAGACAGGCUAUGAGCGAUGUUUCACAGCAUAAAAUCUUAUCUGCACUCAGCUUGUAUUCAAUAUGUUAUGUCAUGUUUGAAAAUGCUGCAAAAUAUGGCACUGAUAAUGAGUCUUUCCUGUAUAAGUACGGGAAAAAGAUGCAAGAGUUUUUGCUGAAAGAAUGUCAAAAGCAGUUUCCAGGUUUCUCUGUGCCCGACGGGGAGGUGAUUUUGAAUGGAGUGGAUAAAUAUUCAGAGAGGAAGAGAAAAGCAUCGUUUGAAGAAGGUAGUGGCGAUAGAUCGCCGGCUAAGUUGUCGAAGUUGGAAGAAACGGUCGUGGACUUGUUGGAUAGAGGCAAAGAUGACAACGAGGAAUUGAGAACUGUGAUGGACGCUUUUGUGAGUAAAAAUGCGGCAGGCGAGAGAGUGUUGAAGUUUGUCACUCCUGAAGAGAGCCAGGAGACCAUCACCUCUCACUCCUAUGUAAACACUCAGCCCAAAUUCGACAAAGCUAAAGUACAGGUGAAGCCUUACAGAUACCACACAGUUGCGCCUUUUUCCUCUCACGCACCUGCUUAUGACUCAUCCCUCAGUUCGUUUAGCAAGGAGGACUCGGAUCUGCUUUACGAGGAAUACUUUGGAAAACCUCAGAAGCAGUUUGCGCGUGAAAUCCUGCACUUCGCCAAAAAAAAUAAUUUCAUCACAACGUACUUUGCCGAAGAGUACUUCCAAUCGGUUAUCAACGACCCCUCAAUUCCAGACGACCUUGAAAUUCCCUCGAACCUCUCUGAAUCCAACUACGAACCACCUGGUCAAGAAGAGCUGGAAAAGUUGAAAGAUCUCUCGAAACUGGGAAUAGAUGUCAGUUUUCUGGAAACACCGGAAUCGGAAUCCAAAGAGGUUCCGAAAGAGGAAUCGCUGCUAAAAAAUCUAUCUGCCAAUGAAUUGCUUGACAGAAUGAUGUCCUUGCAGAAUCGAAGAUUGAGUCAGCGAAGUGUGAACGCAAAGUUGUUCAAUCAAGAAGAAUUGAUUUCUUCAGUUUUGGUAGAAAAGCUAGCGGAUGCUAUCGGCAGUAAAUCACAGCGUGCAGACUCAGUUGUAAAUUGAUAGUCAGUAAAAAACUAGGUUAGCUUAGUAUCAAUUGUUUUGGCUCUGUUUGAUGUAACGUUAAUUUUGUUCUUGGUUAAUUUGACUAUAUUAAAAGUUUCUUAAUUUGGUUAAUUUGACUAUUUUCAAAAG